AUGAUGGACACCGACACGGUGAUCAUCAAUUUGGCUGUCUUUGGCGGGACUCAGAGUGGGAAAAGUUCUGCUGGGAACAUUCUCUUGGGAAGUUCUGACUUCUACAGCAACUUUGCUCCAGGCUCCGUAACCAAAGAUUGCAGCCUGGGCCGCAGUUGUCACCUCCAUGGCUUCAUGCGUCGAGGGGGACAAGAGAUAAGCCUGCAGAUACAGGUAUUGGACACUCCAGGGUAUCCACACAGCAAGCUGAGCACAGGAUGUGUAAAACAGGAAGUGAAGAAGGCCUUGGUGCAUCACUUUGGACAAAAGGGUCUCCAUCUUGCUCUGCUGGUCCAGAGAGCUGAUGUGCCUUUCUUCGGACAGGAAGCAUCUAACUCAGUCCAAUUGAUUCAGGAACUUCUGGGAGAUUCCUGGAAGAAUUACACGGCUGUUCUUUUUACCCAUGCAGAAAAAAUCGACGAGGCUGGGUUGAGUGAAGAGGAAUAUCUGCGUGAGGCUUCGGACACACUAUUAACCCUGCUAAAUUCUGUUCAGCACAGAUAUGUUUUCCUGUAUGAAAAAGGAAGCUUGUGUAAUGGACAAAGGAUUAAAAUCUUAGAAAGAGUCAUGGAAUUUAUAAAAGAAAAUCAUUUUCAAGUUCUUAGUUUUACAUAA